AUGAGUGCUGACGCGCCGGUACGCUCAGGGACGCAAUCUUGUCCUCCUCCCGAAUUGCCGCAACUUGUUGCUGAGCAACAUGUUCCUAUCCCUCCCAGCGAUAAGGAGACGCAGCGCUUGAUCGUGGUGCUUUCUCACGCCAGCUUGGAGACGUUCAGGGCUUCCCACGGUGGACGCAAUGGCACAGCUCGUGACGAGAAAUACUCUUUGCUCAACAGCGAUGAACACAUUGGCGUAAUGCGCAAAAUGAAUCGAGACAUCAGUGAGGCUCGUCCUGACAUCACCCAUCAGUGUCUCCUCACCCUCCUUGACUCUCCUGUCAACAAAGCCGGAAAACUGCAAAUUUACAUUCAUACCGCCAAGGGUGUCUUGAUUGAAGUCAAUCCCUCAGUCCGCAUUCCCCGCACAUUCAAACGUUUUGCCGGUCUCAUGGUUCAGCUCUUGCAUCGACUUUCCAUCCGUUCCACCAACUCUCAAGAGAAGCUGCUCAAGGUCAUCAAAAACCCCAUCACCGACCACUUGCCUCCAAACUGCCGGAAAGUGACCCUUAGUUACGAAGCUCCGGUGGUGAGAGUCAAAGAUUACAUCGAAUCUCUCGGUCCCAAAGAAAGUAUUUGUAUAUUCGUUGGAGCCAUGGCCAAGGGCCAGGAUGACUUUGCGGAUUCUUUCAAGGAUGAUGCCAUCAGUAUCAGCAAUUACAGUCUCAGUGCCAGCGUCGCAUGCAGCAAAUUUUGUCAUGCCGCUGAAGAAGUCUGGGAUAUCCUUUGA